AAGAAUAAAGUUUAUUCAAUAUUAAAUCCUAUUGUAGAUAAAAUUCAAAUAGGAUACUAACUAGAUGGCGACAUAAGCAAUGUCUCACAUCUCAGAAUUUAAUAUGGAAGCUUCGUAUUAGCGUUAUGAGUCCUCUGCUAUUUCUUAUUACUUGUUAUUCAGUUUGUGCCGUUGCAUUGUGUACAUUUUAAAUUAUUUAAAUGUAUCUGUAUAUAUUAGAAAUUUAAAUAUUACACAAGUAUAUAAUGCUUAUAUAUAAUGUUUAAAUAUGGAGAUUUUUUUCAUGUGUUAGCCUCUUUUGAAGUGUUUUUAUGAUUUAUUCUUUCUAUUGGUCACAUCUAUUUGUAAUAUUUUAAUUUUAAAUAACUUUCAACAAUUAUAAAUCAAAUAAAUCGGAUAAUUUGUGCUGUGUGUGAGUAGUCUUGUAUAUUUAAUGUAGAAAAGUAUUUAAGUGCUAUUUAGGUUAUGUUUGUAAUCCAUAAUAGAUAAGAAAAUAUGGCGCAAAGAUUUCCUGUUCCGAAUACAGGAAAUAAUGGUCCUCCACCACAACGGUAUCCUCCUUCAUCUGUACCACCAAAUCUGCGUCAAUAUUCAGGACCAAAUUUUCCAAUGCAACAAAGAUCUGGAUUUACACCUCCUCCGCAAAUGAGCAACACAGCACCAGGACCAGGAGGAAUAAUGAGACCUAAUCAGCCUUAUACCAAUAUGCGUCAAGGUCCAAUGCCAACGCCUCCUGUUGGUAAAAGAAGCGCCGAUCAAAGAAUACCUUUAUCCCAGCAAAAACCGUAUUUUUGGAACAGUGACUUUUCACAUUCCACAUCCAAGAAGAAAAAGAAACUUGCUGACAAGAUAUUACCUCAAAAAGUACGAGAUCUGGUACCAGAGUCCCAAGCUUAUAUGGAUUUAUUAGCAUUUGAGAGGAAAUUGGAUGCAACUAUAAUGCGUAAACGUCUUGAUAUACAAGAAGCCUUGAAACGUCCAAUGAAACAGAAACGGAAGUUACGCAUUUUUAUUUCCAAUACAUUCUAUCCAGCAAAAGAAGCAGCUGAGGGGGAGGAGGGUUCGGUUGCUUCUUGGGAACUCAGAGUCGAAGGCAGAUUGUUAGAUGAUACUAAAAAUGAUCCCAACAAGGUGAAAAGAAAAUUUUCGUCCUUUUUUAAAAGUUUAGUUAUUGAAUUAGAUAAAGAUUUAUAUGGACCAGAUAAUCAUUUAGUUGAAUGGCAUCGUACAUUAACUACACAAGAAACUGAUGGAUUUCAAGUCAAGAGACCCGGAGACAAAAAUGUUCGUUGUACUAUUCUUUUACUUCUCGACUAUCAACCUUUACAGUUCAAAUUAGAUUCACGACUUGCACGAUUAUUAGGUGUACAUACGCAAACUCGGCCUGUUAUUAUUUCAGCACUUUGGCAGUAUAUCAAAACUCAUAAGCUUCAAGACAGUCAUGAACGCGAAUUCAUUAAUUGUGACAAAUAUUUAGAACAAAUCUUUACUUGCCCCAGAAUGAAAUUUGCAGAAAUACCACAAAGAUUAAAUCCAUUAUUGCAUCCACCUGAUCCCAUUGUGAUUAAUCAUGUUAUUAGCGUAGAAGGCACAGAAACUAAGCAAACUGCGUGUUACGAUAUAGAAGUUGAAGUCGAUGAUACAUUAAAAACGCAAAUGAAUAAUUUUCUGUUAUCGACUGCAAGUCAACAAGAGAUACAAAGUUUAGAUAACAAAAUACAUGAGACCGUUGAUACAAUUAAUCAAUUAAAAACGAAUCGUGAAUUUUUCCUAAGCUUUGCUAAGGAUCCUCAACAAUUUAUUAACAAGUGGAUUAUAUCUCAAACAAGAGAUUUGAAAACUAUGACAGAUGUCGUUGGAAAUCCAGAAGAAGAACGCAGAGCUGAAUUUUAUUAUCAACCUUGGGCACAAGAAGCUGUUUGUCGUUAUUUUUACACUAAAGUUCAACAAAAACGAGCCGAGUUAGAACAAGCACUUGGCAUACGAAAUUCAUAAAACUAUUACAAAAUUGUCUAUCAAUACAAUGGAGUGUAGAAAAUAUUUUCACGAUAAUCUUUAGUUACAGUUACUAUUACAUUUGAGUUUUUCGUAAUAUUAUAUGUAAACUACAAAUGGACUCUUUCUCUCUCUCUCUAUUUCUCUCUCUCUCUCUCUC